UUUUAAUAUUUAUUUUGCUAAAACUACAUGCUAAGCAUUGUGUCUAACACACCAUUAAAUAACAGUUUUGCAUGGCUAUUUUAGAAGCACCAUUGAUAAGCUGAUAUCUGUUCGGUUUUGUUAACAUGAAACUAUAUUUUCAAAAACAAAUUGUGUUUUCGGUCACUGGCUUUUUAGGCCAAGGAUUUUAGGAAAUCCCGUGUGUUGUAUGACAAAUUAUACUUAGGUAACUCAGUACAUUUAAAAACCAUGAUUAAAAAACACAUAUACACGAUCAAAAAAAAUUUUUUCUCAGAAUGUUCGCUGCCCUUCGGCAGCUUCCUCAGUAAGAAUACUCUAUAUCUAUACAUAUUGGUUCUUAUUCAGGAUAUAUCCUUAUUGAGGAGGCUGCCGAAGGGCAGCGAAAAUUCUAAGAACAAAUUUUUUGAUCGGGUUUUUUUCAAUUAUGGUUUGUAAAUGUACCGAGUUAUCAAAAACAAAUUUUUUUUUAAGUUUUUUAUUUGAGACUGAUCAUGUUCUUACCCAACAGAUCCUUUGUUCAUAUAAAGCGUGCCUCAUAGAAAACAGAGUUUGCUAAAUUUUCUCAUGAGCGGAGAUUUUGAGAGGUUUCUUUGAAUAGAAAUGUGUUUACAUUUUGCAUAUUUGCGAGUACAAACAAAAAUGGCAUGUUGCAACAUGAAAGCGGAUAUUAUACCACUCUACGCCAGUUGCUAAAUAAAACUUCGAUUUUCAUAUUAUGGGUAAUUUUGUAACUUCCACUAUAGUUGAGUGGAGGAUUACUAGCUCCUGUACAAAGGGGUAAUUGAAUCUUGCACAGAAAUAAUCGGAUUUCCAGGAAUUUUCUUAUCAAUGAGAUUUAUACAAAAGAUAUACUAUUUUUCUACAAAGUAAUUUGACCCUCGUCCCAGUAAGGCAUUGUCAACUUCCUGGUUCUGUUCGUUCUGCUCUGUAUCACCUAACUACAUAAUAGAGAAAUGUUUGCGGAAGUAGAUUGCGUCACCGUUACCGAACGGGAACUUCUGGAGGGAACUACAGAACUCUGGAUGGAACCGUUAUUACUUUCAGAGGGAAUCCAAAACAAACCGGAACGCUUUCGAAUAGAAAUCCCGUAUUUCGACAACCCUCUGGCUCUGCUUUCUUUUCUGCUGCUUUCAACUUCCUUUCAACCUGUAAUUCGUUAAUAACCUGGGGUAAAUGCCCAAUAUGAAUGCAGCACCAUGAAUGGCAUUCAUUUCCAUGUACAACCGCUUAUAAGCAGAUGUCGUAAGAGCUGAUCAGAUCAAUAAAUCGUCGUUGCUGUACAGUGAGCAUUUCAAGUCAGAUUUUUUUAUUGUUAUCAGACAUUCUUUGUAACGAUAAAACCAAGCUUUCAAGAACGCUGGCAUAAAAGGUAUAAAAGAACGCCAAUUUUAUGGUAUUGGAAAACAGCUGUAUCCUUUGAGACAAUGGAUUAUAAAUAUCAUUUUAAAGUGAUCUUGGUUGGAAAUGCAGGUGUAGGAAAGACUGCUAUGAUUCGCAGAUUUACCCGUGGUUUUUUUCCUUUCCAAGAGGCUCCCACGAUUGGUGUGGAUAUGAACGUCAAAACUGUUCUUGUGGAUGGCGAAAAAGUCAAGUUUAAGAUUUGGGAUAGUGCUGGGCAAGAGCGUUUUAAGAGCUUGACUUCAAGUUACUACCGAAACUCAGACGCUGCCAUCUUGGUUUAUAGCAUCGACAACGAAGAGUCCUUUGACAGUUUGCAUCGGUGGACUAAGCAGUUGGACAAAUGUGGGAAAGACGGCUUAGUAAAAAUAAUUGUUGGUAAUAAAUCGGACUUAGAAGAUGAGAAGGCCGUUUCUACACAAAGCGCGGUUGAAUUCGCACUGGCAGACGACGCAGCAGCAGUGAUAGAAUGCUCUGCGAAGGAGAACGAUAACAUCGAACUGCUUUUUGAAGCACUGGCGCGUAAAUUGAUAAGUAUGACGUCAGAGCAUUGUGGCAGCUAUUGCGAGGAUCCUAAGGGAAAAGUUAUGACAUAUCAGGGCUCGGAUCCUGCAGUAGAGAGACUGAUUAACAACUUCAAUCAAGAGAAGAAAGUAACAAAGAAAAAGUUGUUUAACCUUCCAGAAUUAUCUUCAGGCUGCUUUCGGAAGCUGUGUGGGCUUUGCUAGGGACAGUGUUGUGCUUAAUUUGUAAAAGAGAGGACAAUUAUGAGGUAGGGGUAAAAGUUAUCCGAUUUUCAAUGGAAUUUGCAUCAAUGCAAAAGGCUAACUUGCAGAAUAUUCCUACCCUGUUGGAAAAGAACAGACUGCUAAAACUAAGAAGAACGUACGGAUGACGUUAGACCAUAGUGGGGUUUGAAAACAAAGUCACGUGGCAGAUAUUAAGUUCAUAUUUCUAGAAUUCUAUAGUAGAAGUGACGUACGAAGAAAGUUUUUUGUUGUCCCAACAAUAGUAUAUCCAAUGAACAAUGAAUUAGUUUUUGUAAAAGAUCCUGCUAGUGUUGCUUGUACUUCAAAAUUUUGUAAAAUUGGGUUGUAAAGGCUGGGUUAGUUAGGGUAGUUUAGUUAAUUGAAAAGAAUUUAUAAUGUAACAUUUUGAUAAAAAUAAUGAAGAAGUAAUACUUGGUAGAACUACUAUACAUUUACUUAUAGGCAGAAAAAUCCACACAGCAUUUAAUGAAGAUAACUCCUAUUUAAUCUAUCGCAGACGGGCUAACAGUAAUCUAUUUUAAAAUUCAAGAUAUUUUAAAUCGAAUCAGUCAAAAAUUGCUACAGUCAUCUAAAAAUGUAAAAUUAAAGUCAAUAAGAACAAAUAAACAAAAUCUUAAUUGCCGAUAUAUUAUUUACAAAUUUUGAAAAUUUGAAAUAUAUCAUCCAAGAUGUUUUGCGCAUAAACUGCCAGUUUACAUAAAUUCUUCAGCUUACUGGAAUUUUAUUGAAUUUUUAAUUACAUUGUUUAAUAAAUGAAUUGCCAAAGUUUUUAGCAAAAUUUAUUCGUCAGUUUUAGUUUAGAUGUAACAAAUCGUUUUUAAGUCAAUUGCUUGUAAAUAUGAGAAAUUGUUCCUU